CGAAACCCCUCGCUGGCAAAGACGACUUCGCGAUGCGAAACGGCGAAAGGGCCUCGACGCGGGCGCCGGCGCCGGUGGACCCGCCGCCCGUGCAGCCGCCGACGCUGGUGACGGCGACCGAGAUGGCCGACGACGCCGCUGCCGACGCCGUUGCUGCCAUCGUCACGGCCGGCGCUGCGAUCGUGUAUGACAACUAUUUAAACCGCCGCCUCUUCAGCUACACGGCGCAGCGCAUCGGCGGCGUCGUCCUUGAGCUGGCGUCGGUCAUUGAGCUCGCUUGGCGGAAUCAGUGCGCUUUCUACGAUGGCGGCGUCAACGCCGACGAAGGUCGCCCGCAGGACGUGGACCUAUGGGCGCGCAAGAUGACGCCAAUGAAACCCAUGACCGCCAGUAAGCACGGGCCACUGAGUCCAUCGCGAGCGAGCACGGCAGCCAGUCAGCACAACACCGAGCCAGGAGACGUCGUGUUUGCUGCACCACCCGCCGCCAACGUGAUCGAGACGCAUUCGGUUGGGUCGUCUAGUGCGACGUCGCCUCGAAGGCAGUCCUCGAGUCCCAACAAGAAGCGCCUCGUCAAGGAAGCGCAGGUCGUGCAAGUGCCCGAGCCCGAGUGCCCCGCAGACGUCCGGUUGGCCGAAGCCAGCCGGCGGCAGGCGCUUCUUCGACUGCUACGAGAAGCGGCGACGCCACCGGAAGACGAAGUGCCCCUCAAGCCAGCACCCGAGCGGCACCGAGUGCCGGCCCCAAAGAAGAAAAAACGUCCUAGUACUCUGUCCUGCACGAUGGCGCCAGAGGCCAUCGACCCCGCGGACGACGCCGUGCUCAUUGAAUUCAAUGUCUCUGACAUUGGCGAGCCGCGCGCGUCAAGUCGGCGCCGCCAGCCGACGCGGCAACACGACCCGGCGACGGGCUGGCAGGACGGCGCCCGGUCGUCCAUGUCGGUGCAAAGUAUCGCGGAGCGGCGGAGCUUCAAGGAAAACACGCACAUGCGAAUACCGGAGAACGCAGUGCACUCGGUCGAGUGCCUCGUGCCGAUGCCAGGCGUCAAGGUACGACACCCGUCUCGGGAUGAAGACAGUCGGCCUUCGUCUGCGCGGUCGGCCGAGAUGCCAGCCAUUACCGCUCCUGUCGCGAACGCCAAAGAUUGCGAAACCCGUCCCGCUACGGCCCAGUCGUGCGCCAGCAGUGCUGGAAAGCGAGCAACCUCGAGACAGGCCACCUGCAACCCGUCGAUGGCGGUGGGCACCUCUCCGACAACCCUGUGGAAGCCCAAGGAAACCAAGAUCCAAGACCGACAGACGCAGCCGAUUCCUGUGACCCGCAAGCAGCCACAGCGCAGCCAUCCGCAGUACAUUGUGCAGGAGUUUUCACCGCCGACGCGUGCGUGUCAGGUCAUACGGGUCGUAUCACCACCCAAGCCCACCAAGCCGCCGUCGCAAACUACGGCGUCGCCUCUGAUUUGCCGCCGCACCAAGCUCAAGUGACACCCGUCACUUCACUCAGAAUCAAAUCACUCGAAUAGUAUAGCAGGAUUCCUACCUUAUCUCGACACGUCAACUGGAUCGCAAGGGAAAAUCGAUGCUCUUGAUAAUAGCUACCUCACGCGAGGCGGCUCAUAGUACGACACAAACGCCUAACUACGUGGAUCAAAACUGAGUCAAG